AUGAGGAACUACAUAAUACAGGACCUUUAUCAAGAAUUAUCAUCAUGUACGUCUCGGAAAACAAAGGGACUUUUUGGAACUGCGGGGACGCCUGCGGACCAUGCGAAUCAUCAUAAAGAAUUAAGUGCUUCAGGACAUGUAGCCGGUCCAUCCAGAAACGGAGAUGGUAGUUCCGGACACGAAGCUGGUCUACCCGGCCCACCCGGGCUACCUGAAGACCUACGUCCUUACUUAACUCUUCCGAAUAAAAAGCCAUCAACUGGGAAUUUGAAUUAUGAAGACCACAUAGUUGGAUUUUGGUUCAAUGAAGAGCGUCAGUUGGUCGGAGUUGGCUUGGAAGUAGGAAAUAUAAUUCCAAGUAACCAUCUUCCCAGACGUUACCAAUCUUCCAUUCGGUCCUAUCUAGAAUGUAUACACGAAAUCUUUUUUGUGGUAUACGCACUGCGUGAUGGAAAAAUUAUUGGAAUUGAUAAUAUGAAGUGGAAUUACUAUAAAGAAGGGCGUCCCUCCGUGGGUGCAGCUGGGCAUAUGAUGUAUUAUGGACAUGCCAUUGAUUAUUGGAAAGAUCGAGAUGGAAAUUUGUUAAAUGUUCGGCUUUUUCCCAGAAAUAUAAUUCCGGACAGCUUUGAACGACUUAUAUACAAUAUUAAAAGGGAAUUGAUUAAUGUGAAUGGCUUGCGUUUUUUCGCAUACAGAUUACGUAGUGGAUAUAUUACUGGAGUUUUGAUUGCAUAUAAAGUGCAAAAAUCGAGGCAUCAGAUAAAUAAUAGAAAGUAAUAUCGGACAAUCAGAAUUGUGCAUAUUGUUUAUUCCUCGCAUAUCUCAAAAUAUUUUAUACUUUCGAUGAAUAGAUGCGCCACCCUGAUCAGACAACAUAUCGAAACGUUCUUCUUCGUUCGAAAAUUCAAGCGGUUCUGCAAUAUGACUUAGUAUAAUAAUAAUUUUGAAAG